AUUCAUUCAUUCACCUUACCUAAGUCAAAAUUGAAAACCCUACUUACCAAAGUCAAAAUUAAAAACCCUAGAAACGAAAUUCCCCAAAUCUAAAUAAAAUUCUGUGCCCUAAUCCACAUCUCAUUUUCACCACUAUCUCACUGACAAGCUCUUCCGUUCAUCAUCAUUUCUCUGCACCGGCGGCAGCUGAGCCACCGUCUCUAUACAUUUUUUCAGCGGAAAAAACGAAAGCAAAACUGGGGAACCGUAAGAAAGUGAAGAGGAGAGGGGAGGAGGAGGAGGAGAUGGAAGGGUUAAGCCCGUUGGAUAGCGCCGUUGGAUCCCUCGUUUGGGUCCAACGAAGAAAUGGUUCCUGGUGGCCGGGUCAGAUACUCUGCUCCGACGACGUCACCGGUUCUGAUAACCCGACCUCUUCUAGAUCCGGAACUCCGGUUAAGCUUCUCGGAAGAGAAGAUGCUAUUGUAGAAUGGUAUAAUUUGGAGAAAUCCAAGCGGGUGAAGGCAUUCCGAUGCGGCGAAUUUGAUGGUUUAAUUGAAAGGGCGGAGUGCGCCCAGGGUAUGCCCUUGAAGAAAAGGGAGAAGUAUGCCCGGAGAGAAGAUGCUAUUCUCCACGCUCUUAUGCUCGAGAGGGAAAUGCUGAAGAAGCAGUAUAAAUCAGGACCUGGGCAAAUGAGCGCAGCAUUCAGAGCGAAGAGGAGCAGAUGUGUGUACUUACCAGCUGAGUCUAGUGAUUCUCUGGAUUACAACGAAACUCCACCCAAUAUUCCAGUAACAUCUUCCCAACUUGGAGGGGAGUAUCCUUAUCAAAGUUCAUUUGAUGAGGAGAGCGAAUCUGAUUCUUCUGAAACUGCUUCUAUGGAUUCUGAAUCAGAUUCUUCUGAAACAGACAAUGACGAAGAAAUGAAUACAUUUUCAGACAGUAGUCAUGAUGCUGAGGAACAAGAAAGCACUAGCGGUGAGGAGCCUGGCGUGUUAGCAAUUUCCGGUGACAUGCCUCACCUCUAUCGGCGGGAACCUAGAACAGUGGGUGAAGCAUUACCCAAAUGGCAAUUCAAAGAAAAGAGGAAUAGCUUUAACCUUGCAAGAAGGUCUGUUGUUGCUCCCGAUGAUAGUGAUCAAAUGUUUGGAUCGGAAGAUGAAUACUCUUUAACUCCUGAAGCAGUUGCAAAAGGUCAAAAUAAAACUUGCCAUGGUGUUGAUUGGGAUGAAUGGCCUUGGGAGGAUCAGCCUGGUUUGAAAGGAUAUUCGAAUUUUAAAGAGUUUGAUCCAUUAGAUAGUGAUCUCUAUCAUUAUGAUGGGGGGAAUGGGUCAAUGCUGGUAGAUGUAGACAUAAAGGUUCAAACAAGUUACCGGAAAGAGCCUGUCCCUAUUGUAUCUGUUAUGAGCAAGAUAGAUGGGAGGUCUAUAAUUGGGCACCCAAUCAAAAUUGAAGCCCUUAAGGAAGGCUCAACUGACAAUCUAUUUUCUGCGAUUGAUGACUUCAGUAACGAUGCGGUUGGAUAUGAGGGAAAAAGUGUGCUUCCAAUUCCACUAGCUUGGGGGACUGCAAGGAGAACGACUGGAAGGAGAACAGCUGCAAGGAGAACAGCUAACUUUCGUGUCCCUCGACCACAUAUAUUGUCAUCAAAUGUUGAUGAGGACUUCUCAUUAGAUCAAGAAAAAAAUAUUGAUUAUAAGAAAUUAAAUGGUGGAAGUUCCGGUCACAAUGCAAGCCUUUGGAAGAAGAGUGGCCUUAACAAUGCUGGGCCUUCAAUUGACAAAAAGGCCUCUAAAAAGGGUGCAAAAAAACUGAACCUGACAUCUAGUCAGAAAACAAGAACCCUUUCCUCUUUAUCUAUUGAAGAUAAUCUUAAUAGAAAAUCAUCACUUACUAGAAGUUUUAAUCGGACAGGUAAGUUGACUAAACCAGAGGUCUCAGGGAUCACUACUGUGGCUUGCAUACCAGUUAAAUUAGUAUUUAGUAGAUUACUUGAGAAGAUUAAUAGGCCACCUUUAAAAGCAUCUACUAAUGCGGAUGUGUUGAAUACUGGCGUGGAGAAAAGAUCUUAGGUUACUAAUGUGUUGAAUACUGGCGUGGAGAAAAGAUCAUAGGUUACAUGUACAUUGUUAUAUUAUUAGAGUAAUAAUCUUGCAGUGGUGGCACACCAAGUUGCUGGUUUUCUUGUUUCCAGCAAAAUAGAAAACUUAUUCAAUUGAUUGUUGGUAUUUUGAGGAUGAAUUUGAUGUAUAGACCUCAAAUUCGUCCUUGUAGAUACAUAAACAGAAGAUGCAUGAAGUUAUUUUGUUCUUUUGUAGUGUACAAUUCUCAGGAUGUUGUUUUUCUGUGGCAAUACUUUAUGCAAAAACCAUUUUUGUUGGACCCUAAAUGCAACUUAUAUUUUAUGAUUGAUAGGUAUUGUAGU